AUGGCUUUCCGGCACCUUCGAUGGCCUCUGCGGGCAUUUUGUCGGGGAUGUCGGGGUGCCUCCGGUGGACUGAAGCCUUGGACAGAGCUGUCUGAACCGGAGCGUGCAGCAUGGGAAGUGCUGGGGUAUGGCAAGGCCUGGCAUCAGAACCCGAGGCCGCCGAGGCCGCUCCCUCGCUGGAGUGAGCUGCAAGCACACCAGCAGGCUGCAGCCAAACAUGGCCUCCAGCUUCACGAGGAGAGCUGGGAGAAGCUCAGGAUCCUUAGCCACUCCAAGGCUAACGAUGUUGACACCGCUGAGGGCGCCCACGAAACAAAGGCUUCCGCAGUUUCUGCCUUGACGGUUGGUGGCGGCCUUUGGAGUGGGGCAGCAGGGGCAGCCUGGUCGGUUUGCAAGAGACUAGCGCCGGUGGUGGGGGACGCCCUUGAUGGGGCAAGGCACCCCGCGUUGCGAAUGCUGGGAGGGGCUCUUAGGUCGAUGGCCGAUGUCACGGAUUCCCUGACAGCUUCUGUUACAGUGGACGGCCUUGAGACCAUCCUCUACUUGGACGACUCUGGCUCCAUGCGCUCUUCGGUGAGGGGUGUCUUCGGAAAGUCCGGACUUCAAUUGGGCCAGGAUGUCUUGGAUCAGGUGGCCCCACUGCUGCAAGGGCCGACACGCAUUCUGAAGUUCGGCUCCCUUCCCAAAGUGCUGCUCCCGAGGGAGGAGCUCUCCAAGUCGCAAGAGCUGACUGCGACAGCGACGCUGCUCCAGAGCUUUGUUUGCAUUGUGCGCUCAAAGUGCUGCAAAGUGAAGGUCCUCUGUAUUGUUUCAGUACAUAGAUAA